AUUAUUAUUAUUUUAAUAGGGGAACUUCGUUGCAAGUAUGACAGCCAUUUUAAGGCAAAUGGAAGACUAUCAUUAUGCUCAUUUAAUCAAGACCUUUGGAAAGAUGAGGUCAGAUGUUGUGGACUUUCUGAUGGAAACAUUCAUCAUGUUCAAGAAUCUCAUUGGGAAGAAUGUCUAUCCCUUCGACUGGGUUAUAAUGAACAUGAUGCAGAAUAAAGUCUUCCUGCGAGCAAUUAAUCAGUACGCAGAUAUGCUAAACAAAAAAUUUCUUGACCAAGCCAACUUCGAGUUACAGCUUUGGAACAACUACUUCCACCUGGCUGUUGCUUUUCUUACACAAGAAUCUUUGCAACUGGAGAAUUUUUCAAGUGCUAAAAGAGCCAAAAUACUUAACAAGUAUGGUGACAUGAGGAGGCAAAUUGGUUUUGAGAUCAGAGAUAUGUGGUAUAACCUAGGUCAACAUAAGAUCAAAUUUAUCCCAGAAAUGGUUGGGCCUAUGUUAGAAAUGACACUGAUUCCUGAAACUGAACUUCGAAAAGCUACGAUCCCAAUAUUCUUUGACAUGAUGCAGUGCGAGUUUCAUUCUACCAGAAGCUUCCAAAUGUUUGAAAACGAGAUCAUCACAAAACUGGAUCAUGAAGUGGAAGGAGGCAGAGGAGAUGAACAGUACAAAGUGUUAUUUGACAAAAUUCUCUUGGAGCACUGCAGAAAACAUAAAUAUCUUGCCAAAAGUGGAGAAACUUUUGUCAAACUUGUUGUGCGUCUGAUGGAAAGACUGCUGGAUUAUAGAACUAUAAUGCACGAUGAAAACAAAGAAAAUCGUAUGAGCUGCACUGUCAAUGUACUGAAUUUCUACAAAGAAAUUGAAAGAGAAGAAAUGUACAUAAGAUAUUUGUACAAACUAUGUGACCUGCACAAAGAGUGUGAUAACUACACUGAAGCUGCCUACACAUUACUUCUUCAUGCAAAGCUUCUUAAGUGGUCAGAAGAGGCAUGUGCAGCACACCUUACUCAGCGAGAUGGAUACCAGGCAACUACUCAAGGACAACUUAAAGAUCAGCUGUAUCAAGAAAUUAUCCAUUACUUUGACAAGGGCAAGAUGUGGGAAGAGGCCAUUGCUUUGGGCAAAGAACUGGCAGAACAGUAUGAAAAUGAAAUGUUUGAUUAUGAACAACUCAGUGAACUGCUGAAAAAACAAGCGCAGUUCUAUGAAAACAUUGUGAAAGUGAUAAGACCUAAACCAGAUUACUUUGCUGUUGGAUACUAUGGUCAAGGAUUCCCUACUUUUCUACGGAACAAAGUGUUCAUUUACCGAGGAAAGGAAUAUGAACGUCGUGAAGACUUUGAAGCAAGGUUAUUAACCCAGUUUCCAAAUGCCGAAAAAAUGAAGACAACAUCUCCACCAGGCGAUGAUAUUAAAAACUCCACUGGUCAGUAUAUUCAGUGUUUUACAGUAAAACCAAAGCUUGAUUUACCACCUAAAUUUCACAAGCCUGUAUCGGAGCAAAUUGUGAGCUUCUAUAGGGUAAAUGAGGUCCAACGAUUUGAGUAUUCACGGCCUGUCCGAAAAGGAGAGAAAAACCCAGAUAAUGAAUUUGCGAAUAUGUGGAUUGAGAGAACCAUCUAUGUGACAGCAUAUAAAUUACCAGGGAUUUUAAGAUGGUUUGAAGUCAAAUCAGUUUUCAUGGUUGAAAUCAGUCCCCUGGAAAAUGCAAUAGAAACCAUGCAAUUAACAAAUGAUAAGAUCAAUAAUAUGGUUCAACAACAUUUGAAUGAUGCAGAUCUCCCUAUUAAUCCCCUGUCUAUGCUACUUAAUGGCAUUGUGGAUCCUGCUGUCAUGGGAGGGUUCACAAACUAUGAAAAGGCUUUCUUUACUGAAAAAUACAUGUAUGAUCAUCCAGAAGAUCAAGAAAAGAUAGAAAAAUUAAAGGACCUCAUAGCAUGGCAGAUUCCAUUCCUGUCAGAAGGUAUCCGAAUUCAUGGAGAGAAAGUAACUGAAGCACUAAGGCCGUUUCAUGAGAGAAUGGAAGCCUGUUUUAAGCAGCUUAAAGAAAAAGUGGAAAAGCAAUAUGGUAUAAGAACAAUUCCCUCAAGCUUGGAUGAUAGACGAGGCAGUCGGCCAAGAUCUAUGGUUAGAUCAUUCACAAUGCCUUCAUCUUCAAGACCUUUAUCUGUUGCAUCAGUAUCUUCUGUCUCAUCGGACAGUACACCUUCUAGACCUGGCUCUGAUGGGUUUGUGCUCGAACCCCUUCUGCCAAAAAAGAUGCAUUCUAGGUCUCAAGAUAAGUUGGACAAGGAUGACCUAGAUAAAGAUAAGAAGGAAAAGAAGAAGGAAAAAAGGAACAGCAAACACCAAGAAAUAUUUGAUAAAGAGUUUAAAUCUACUGAUAUUUCUCUGCAACAGUCUGAAGCGGUGAUCCUUUCAGAAACGAUCAGUCCACUGAGGCCACAAAGACCAAAAAGUCAAGUUAUCAGUGUCAUUGCAAGUGAAAGACGUUUUUCUGUUUCCCCGUCACCUCCAGCUUCUCAGUCAACACCACCUCCAGUCACUCCAAGGACCAAACUUUCUUUCAGUUUACAGUCUAAUCUGGAACUGAAUGGCGUAUCUAGUUUGGAAAUGGCAGACAUUCCUCCUCCUCUGCCUCUCAAAGGUAGCAUGGCAGAUUAUGGAAAUCUCAUGGAAAAUCAAGAAUUAAUUAGUCCUACAACACCCCCCACUACACAUCAAAGGCACCUGCCUCCUCCAUUACCCAGCAAAACUCCACCACCGCCUCCUCCAAAGACGACUCGAAAGCAAACAUCUGUUGACUCUGGGAUUGUCCAGUGAACAAGAAAGCAUUUCUCCAAAGAUAAAGCUGUAAUAUUUCAUUUUCCUAAGUAUUUUAAGGUAUAUAAUGUUUACCUCAUUCAGGCCUGCUAUGUCUAACAUUUAGUGCAAUGAUUAUAAUUCUGAAAACAACUCAUUUGUAACAGUAAAUCAAUUUUCUAAGCAAAUCAUACCACUGGAAUUAAAGCUGUCACAAAAUAAUGGUAAUCUAUUGCUUGGGAGGAGCCUGUGACCUAUUUUCAAAGCAAGGGGAUAUUUGUCAGCUGACAAUAUACUAUUCCCUAGUCCAGAAAAUGUUGCUUUGUCAUUUCAAACUACUUAACAGAAAAUAGAAAUUUAUACUGGUGUGUAAAAUGACAGUUGGGAACUAAGGGCCUGAUCACAACACCAGUGGAAGUCAGUGCAAAUACUCACAUUGAUUUCAGUAGGCAUGGGGUUGGGCCUAAUAACAAUACUAAGAAGUAGCAUUAUGACAGCUUCAAAAAUAAACAUGUUCAGCAUAUCAUACAUUCCGAAACCUGAUUAUUCCUGUAGUUUUUAAACUUUGCUCUGUGUUAUAAAUAAUAUUUUCAUGAGGCUUUUUU